AUGAACUGGAUAGCGGCCGCUCUCAUGCUGGGCCUGACUGCCGUCUUUGCUCCUUGCCCACCCGUCGCUCAAGCUUGGUACCGGCAGUCCUCUGGCCCCAGUGCCUACUCUGUGGGCCGGGCGUCCGGCCUUCUACUGGGACUUGGCCGCUCUCAUGCGAACCGAAGGGGGCGCAGUGACGAAGGAGCAGAUCUCUCCCCAUUCAAAGGGGAUGAAAGUCUUAACUGGGAACCAGCGGAAGAAUUUCUGAAGUCCGAUUCCUUCAUCCACGCUGUUUCCUCCACUGAAGGGCUACCCUGGGGUCGAGAGAAGAAUUUCUGCCUCAAAGAUCUGACGCUCCACCCUACCAGCUGCGUGGCAAUCGACGGGGACAACCUGCACUCCCAAACCUGCACAGCAGACGUGCGGAUCUCCACCGAUGUCGGCGACUGUUUGCACCCAAGGGUGUGA